AUGAGAAUGAUCUUUUUAUCGCAGACCACAGUUGGACUCCUGGGGAAUUUCUUUCUUCUUUACCAUUACAGUUUCCUUUAUUACACCAGAUGCACAUUAAGGUCCACAGAUGCGAUUCUCAAGCACCUGACUGUAGCCAACUCCUUGGUCAUACUCUCCAAAGGAGUCCCCCAGACAGUGGCUGCUUUUGGGAGGAAAUGUUUCCUGAAUGAUGUUGGGUGCAAACUGGUUUUCUAUGUUCACAGAGUGGGCAGGGGUGUGUGCGUUGGCACCACCUGUCUCUUGAGUGUCUUCCAGGCCAUCACCAUCAGCCCCGCAGGCUCCAGGUGGGCAGAGCUGAAACCACAAGCUGCUCAAUGCAUUGGGCCCCUCAGUAUCCUGUGCUGGAUCCUGAACAUGCUGGUAAAUACCAUUGUUCUUCAGAGAGUGACUGGCCAGCAGAACAGGGUAAACAGCACAAAGGAAAAGGAUUUGGGAUACUGUGCUGCAGUAGAUUUUGACAGCAGCAUUUUAGGAUUCCUACAUAUUAUGUUGUUAUCAUCCUAUGAUGUCUUGGGUUUGGGACUCAUGACCUGGGCCAGUGGCUCCAUGGUUUGCAUCCUGCACAGGCACAAGCAGCAGGUCCAACACAUUCACAGGACCAACCUCUCCCCCAGAUCCUCCCCUGAGUCCAGAGUCACCCAAAGCAUCCUUGUCCUAGUGAGCACCUUUGUAGCAUUUUACACCCUCUCCUCUAUCUUUACAUUACUGUUGACCAUUUUGCCUAAUCCAGGUCUGUGGCUGGUGAACACCUCUGCACUAAUGGCUGCUUGUUUUCCUACAGUCAGCCCCUUUGUUCUCAUGGGCCGUGACCCCAGGAUACCCAAAAUCCACUCCACCUGCUGUUGA